CGCGGCGGCGCCGCAGGUGGACGCGGUCCGGCCCCCCAAGCCCGAGAGCGCCUGGAGGCCGCCCCGGCGGGAGGGCUCCGCUGCGGCGCUGGAGGAGGAGGACGAAGACGAGGACGUGGUGGUUGAGGUGGAGGAGGAAGAGGAGGAGGAGGAGGGCGGCCUGGGGAGCGCCCCCCGGCGCUGGCCGGCCACGGCAAGGGCCCCUCCGGGGGAGCCUUAAGGCAGCCAACAUCAAGCGUGAAAUGACCUUCCAUGCAUUUCAACAGGAGGAUGUAAAAAGUGACAUCAGUCGAAAACUGCCAGACCAACAGUUUCUCCUGUUCACCACAAAGGAGGAAGAUUUAAAAACAGCAGAGACCAAAAAACUUAACAGAGCUCAUGAGCAUGAAAAGGAAAACACUCGUUCUGUUUGUCUUCUGGAACAGAAGCGCAAGGUUGUUUCUUCAAAUAUUGAUGUGCCUCCAGCAAGGAAAUCUUUGGAAGAACUGGACAUGGAUAAAGUAACAGCAGCCAUGGUACUCACCAGUUUAUCCACCAGCCCUUUGGUCCGCAGCCCUCCUGUCCGACCCAACGAAUCCCUGAAUGGAUCUUGGAAAGAAGGAGGAUUUGUGCCUUCUAGCACCAGCAGCAGUGGAUACUGGAGCUGGAAUGCUCCCAGUGACCAGUCCAACCCAUCCACCCCAUCUCCACCUCUGUCAGCUGACAGCUUCAAAGCUUUUCGGACACCUUCCCAGGCAGAUGAUGGUAUUGAUGAAGGGGAAGCCAGCAACCUUCUCUUUGAUGAACCCAUUCCUCGGAAGAGAAAGAACUCCAUGAAGGUGAUGUUCAAAUGCCUAUGGAAGAACUGUGGGAAGGUACUGAGCACAGCUGCAGGGAUUCAGAAACACAUACGGACCAUUCACCUUGGACGUGUAGGAGAGUCUGACUACAGUGAUGGAGAGGAGGAUUUUUACUAUACAGAAAUCAGGCUCAACACGGACUCAGUAGCUGAUGGCUUAAGCAGUCUUUCCCCAGUGUCUCCAUCUUUAGCAUCUCCUCCUUCGUUUCCCACCCAAGACACAAUCCGUCCUGAAACUUCCUGUGCCAAAAGCGAGACUAAAGUGAUGACACCUCUGAGCCGCUCAGCUCCUACCAACCUCUACCUCGUACACACGGACCAUGCUUACCAGGCCACUCCUCCGGUGAACAUUCCAGGGUCAGCCAAAUUCACUCCCAAUGGCAGUAGCUUUAGCAUCUCUUGGCAGUCGCCUCCAGUUACCUUCACCGGCAUUCCAGUCUCACCAACCCAUAAUCGUGCUGCAGGGAGUGGAGAGCAGAAACAGACCCACACAGUUCUUUCAUCACCGCCUCGAGCAGCAUUUGGCUUGAGGAAGCCUAGAGGGGAGGGGAAAAAGUGUCGGAAGGUCUACGGGAUGGAGAACAGAGAUAUGUGGUGCACUGCCUGCCGGUGGAAGAAGGCCUGCCAAAGGUUCAUCGACUAACCAUUGAAAUUAUGCAGAGGAUUUGGGGAGGGGGAGGACAACACUUCCCAUUUUCCCCUCCAGUGAUGUGGUGUUGGGGGUUUUGGUUUUUUGGGGUGUUUUAUUUGUUUUGUUUGUUUUGGUUUUUUUUUUUUUAAGAGCUUUGUAUUUCAAAAUGAAGCACUUGUAGCCAAGGAGAAGCACUAACUAAAACCUGUGUGGAGCAAUAGAGCAAAAAAGCAAAACCAAGACCACACAACAAAAUCUGUCUCAGUAAGUGUGGAAACCAGAGCAGCUAUUAGUGUUCUUCUGUAAAAAAAAGGAAAAUGUUAAUUAUUUUGCUAACUCUGUGAGCUGCUUGCUCCCUAGGAUCAUUUUUAACCAUUUCAGUCUUUCUGCUGUGAACGUCUGUAUUUGCUAAACUGAACAAUUUUUCUUUUCCUGAAACGAAGAUCUCUUUUUGAAAGCUUUCUAAUAAACACUUCAGAGUCAUAUAAGCUACAGUUUUCUCAACAAAAGCUGUACUAAGACUGGAGACUGCUAAAUAAUUCUCCUGAUAUAAAUGAUCAUGAUUAUAUUUUUGAAAAGGGCAUGUGGGGAAGAGUUGGGAUUUUCGUUUGAUUGUUUAUAGGAGAAAAGCAAAGCUGAUUUUGCAAGAAGGACAAGCAGCACUCCUGGAAGUUUUUUAAAAGAGGCACAGAUCAGUGGAGUGGAACAAAGUAAUUUAAGUACCAAAUUGGAUUUUGAUCCUCUAGAGGAAGAAAAGCAGCAAUGGCAAGUCACCAGCAGAUACUGUCACGAGAAGUCUGAGGGAAGAAAUACGGUGAUGCUUGGUUGAAACCCACAAGGAUAUAAGGGGGCUCCAGUAGCUUUUGUUAUUACUCUCCCCUUUCUGAGGGGGGAUGAACAGUUGGACUAGCACAGCUGUUGCUGCAGGAGGCCUGUGAAGAACUGGUAAAUGCAGCCACUAGGAUUAUAUGUAAUACCUAAUUCAGGGAAACGAUCCAGCCCAGCAGUUCUGCUUUUAAUUCCUUUUCUCUUAUUUCAGAGAUUGUUGUUAAGAUAAUGGUUUGUUCAGCUUUUUCUUUUAAAGUUACUAAGAUUUAUUUGAUGCAAAAAAUUGGUAGAGAAAAGAAAAUACCCUCUUUCCACAACAUCAUCUCAGAAAAGAAGUACAACAGCAAAGGAGCAGCAUAUUUGUGGUAAAAGACCAUUUCUUAACUCAUUUUGAUAGAUGAAUUAAUGAGUUUCUCUGUUUGCAGUACUUGGAUUGAUUUGGGUAUUUCAGUUUGUCCAUUAAGAGGUAUACACUGGAGUGCAGCAGCCUGGUGUUCUGUGUCCACUUGUAUCAAAUUACUGUUAAUUAAUGAUUAUUUCAAAAUGCAAAAUAAAGGAAGGAUUUACUAGGAAGUGAAUGUAUAUGGCAAAAUAAUACUUAUACACCUUAAAAAAAUCAAAGACUCAGAAGCAAAACUUUGCCUAUUAAUAGAGGCUGAAGGGCCACAAAUGCCUGGGUUAUUUUUUUCCAUAACAUUUGAAACAGUUGAAAUUAGACCAAAUAUUUUUCUAUUUUUUUUUAAUUGUCUAAGCUGGCUCAUUCUCUUAAGAGGACUUUUAAGUAUCUAAGCAACUUUCUAAAAUCUGGUCCAAAGUUCACUUGAUAGCUUUAUUAAGUGUGUAGCGCUGCUUGUGUCUGUGUAAAAGCACAAAAUAACAAUGCAGUUGUUUGGAAUAUACACUGUGGAUUCCAUAGGGUAGCAGUGAAAAGAAGAAUCUAUAAUAGGAGCUACUGAAGGUUAUCAUCUGAUUUUCUGGGAGCAAGUUAAUUGGGCAAUCAGGUGCCUAAUUUGAGCAUGCUAUUUCUGCAGUUAUUUAAAAAUUGUGUAAUUUACAUGCACAAGUGGCAAGAUACGCUUGCAUGCAUGCAAUUACUUGAUUUUUUACCCAAUUGUGUUCUCUAAGUCACAGAAAAAAAAGAAAAACAGACUCUGAAAUACAGUAAGACCCUGAGAUAUAUAUACACAUGUGAGUGUGUAUGAGUAUUUUUUAUGUGUGUGUUUAUAUACAUGUAAAACUAUAUAUAUUAUAUAGUUUUAUAUGUGUAUAUAAAAUCUGAAAUUAACAGGGAAGAGAAAGAUUGUUUUCUUAACAAAUAGAAAAAAAGACACUAAGGGUCAGUGGAUAUACAUAGACACUGUAUUAUCUUCUUUCCUCUUAGUAAAACAUGGAUUUUCUUUACAUGUUGAAUUUUUUCAAUUUCCAUGGUUAAAUACCUCAUGGUAAUUCACAGACAUUUCAUCUUCAAACACUGGGUUUGCUGAUGGUGUACUUACUUUGAUAAAACAUAAAAAAUUUGGGACUUUCCCAAGAUAUUCCUGCCAAUUUGUUCCCCACCUCCCAUUUUAAGGGCACUCCAAGACCAUAAAGCGUUCCAUAAUUCAACUGUUGUUGGACUAACAGUAUUUGCCUAUAUAUUUGUUGUUCACCUCCUUUUUGCUUUGGAGGAUUUUUUUGAAAAUAAUGUAUCAGAUUGUAUGUUGUUUCUAUAAUGUCAUGGCAUUGUGAGCAACUUUCCCGAGGGCACUUUAGGAAUUAUUGUAAUAAGAUUAUUCUUUAUAAAUUUCUGCACAGAAGAAUGGUUUUGCUGCCAGACCAGAUUGCCCUCUGGUACAAAUUGAAUAUGGAUUACAUAAAGGACUAAAGCCACAAACCAUCAAAGUUGGAGAGAAAGUUGGUGUUAAUGAGUCAGAAGGUAUUGAUAAAUCCUGCAGGACAAAGCUAAAUUACCAGUAUUUUUACUCAACCUUUAAUCAGCGGUUUAUAUUAAAUCAGUUUUGGAUCUUCUGGCUGUGGCAUUUUGAUUCCUAAGCAGGCAUCUGUCGAGGUUCUGUGUGUGAGGCAAGGCCGGUGACAGCCUGGCCGUGCACAGAGAGUUCUGCAGUCACUUUGUGCUCUGAGCUCCAGUUAACUUGUGUUGCACGAGCAGCUCAGCACCUGCUGAGAUCCCCUCUGUGAUCCUCACACAACCAGCAGGAACAGAAAAGUCAGCUAAGCCUUCCUGCUGCUGGCAGUACUGAUCAGAAUCUGGAGUAAUCGCUUCCAUUUUUCAGUCUCUUGCUUCUGUGUUGCUUUGGGCUGUGUUGCUGUCCUCCUAACACCUGAUUUAUCUCACACUUCUGCACUGACCAGUCCAAACCAGUCAGAUUUCUUUGUUCUCCUGAGGAGGAGCUAGCCUGAGUGCUGUGGUCAUUUGUUGUCAUCACUACAUGUGAUGGCAGUUCCAGUUUUUGGUUUCUCUGUGGGAGGUAGGUCAUUGUCUCUGACCUCCCAGAGAAGUCAGAAGGAAUGUCUUGAACACAUCAUGCAGUGUCUGUGUGCUACAGGGAAUUGGAUGGGGGUUCAUCUGUGUCAAGAACCAGAACUUGAUAUAAAAAUUUAAGGAUCUGUUUUAUUGUUAAUAUUAUUGAUGUUGGUAACAUAAAUUGCUAGCAUCAGUAUCAGCAUGGAGAUCAACCAUACUCAUCCCAAAUAUUUUUCUUUAGGAAAAGAAAAAUAUUUUUUUGUUAAAACAAAGCUAUUUCCCAAUUCCCCAUUCACCCCAUUCCCCAAAAGAUCUGGAAAACGAGAUAAUUUUAGAAGUGGGAAAUUGUAAUGGCAAUUUUUAAUACAGACUGUGCUCCAGCAGCUCCUCUAUGAAGCUAUUGAACGUUAAAACUCAGAUCAUCUUAGUCAUAAAAGGGUUUCCACACAAAACAAUGUGCCUGAUUCUCUAGUGCCUUGCACAAACACAACAGGAAAUACAAGAUGCAAAGUGAGUAAAGUUUCUGUUCCAAUUUGCAAGUUUACACUCUUAACCAAUACCAGUCAUCACCUAGCAUGUACCUGUUGGCAGGUCAGCCCUGCUUGUGUGAGUAAGCUGAGCAGAAUGCCUGUCUGUCAGAUUACUUUUCCCGCAUCCAUACCCUGGUAUGAAUGUUAACCGUCUAAUUAUUUACAGGUUCCUUGCAGUCAUUGGUUAUCUUUAUUCCUUGUCCCUUUUGUUUUUCACAAUGAUGACUAGAUAGGCAGCACAACAGGAGGUAAAGCUUUAGCCAAAAGCUCUUGCAGAAUCUGCACAAAAGAUUCCAGCUCCAUGCAGUGUCCCAGAUGUUCUUGGCACUAAUUUCAUUUUGUCAUUCAUUCUGAUCCAGUGCAUUGGGGUGGUUCUCUUAUUACCUGCUGUGGCCUGGGGCCAGCUGAAAUGGCCCUGUUGAGAAUCCAGGACAAUCGCUGUGAGUGUCACACUGCAAAGUGAUUUCUCUCUUCUGCUGCCUGUAAAUGUGUUGGAACAUGAUCUUGGAAGCAGGACAUGGAAUUAGAGGCUUGCUGGCCAUUUGUAGAGAUGUUGGAGGGUGCUAGUGAGUCUUCCUUCUAUUGGUUCAAAGUUAGAGGUAUCUGCUGGAGACAGUUGUGCACCACCUUUCCUUAGAAAUAAUUUGAUAAGGAAACAUUUGUAAAGCCUCAUCUCGAGCUUAUAUUUUAUUCAAUCUCCCUGUGAGGUGGUAGCAGUGGAACUGAGAGCAGUAUGGAGUUUGAGCUUUAAUCUGCAUUUGUCAGGUUUUUCUAGUACAUAACCAGGCAGGUAUAAGGUAUCGUAGUGUAGAUUUUAUUCUAAUACAAGUUCAGCAGAGUUUUAUGGCACCUUUGGAAAAUACCUAGAAGGAAGUCAUGGACAGAAAUGAGCAUUUAAAUACACUCCCUGUCUGCUAGAUGGGAACAGCCUUUCUUUGCAUCCGUAUGGAAAAUCUUAACAGCCAACGUACACCUACACUUGAGAGUGCCCACUCGAACUGCUCUUUCCAUCUUGGACUACAGCGCUUUCACACUGACCAUGCUCUCAGUUCUAUCCAAAUGGGAGGUUUAAGGAGGUGUGUGUCUCCACUUGCAACUUUUUGAGCUUAUUCCUCAAUUCAGAAAGCACUCAUCAUGUUCUUUGUGCUUCACACAGACCAUUUGUAACAGCAGUGCAGGAGGACUCUGGGAACAGGGAAAUCAGCCUGUUUCUGGUGGCAGCAGCCAGAAGAAAAUACAGGUUGCUCUGGUGUUUCCUCACAUUCACAGCGGAAAAUUUUUCAGCUGAUGAACAGAAGAGGAUAGAUAAAUUUAGUAACAAGCUGGUGUUCUGCUAGUUUUUGACACAUCUUGACACCUAGAUUUUUCUCCUUAUGUAUUUGAAUCUGAAUGUGAGAUCUCUCAUAUACCCUUGAGGGAAAUAAAUUUAGCAAUAUAAAUGCUCUUUCAGCAUUAAAUCUGAAUUCUUUAUGUGAUUAAAACUAAAGAUGGGCUUGAACAUUCUAAAAUGUUUAAGUGUUGGUAUUUACUGCUUGCCAAUCCUCUUAAAGAUUCAGGUUUGAUUCUAGAGUCCUUAACAUAGUAUGUGAUACCCAGCAUCAAUUAAUAUAUGAUGUUUAAUGGCAAUGGCCAGAUAAACAAAAGUUACUAAAAUGUUUGUAAAAAGCUGUCUCUGGAAGACAAGAGAAAAGAAAACAGUUGAAACAGAUUUCCUCAGGGAACAUGGGAGGACUGUAAAGGCAGGAUGUGAGUUUGUUUGAAUGGAAGAUAUCUAAGAGAAUUUUUUUUUUUCUAUUUUAGGCAAAAUGGAAAAAGCAAUAUGUCACUACUUGAAUUAUUAAAAUUAGAAUGAAGCACUAAUUGAUGAACAUGAUCUUACUUAAUGCUGUAGCUUAGCAAGUUCCAAAUACAAAAAAACCCAUUUACUUAAAAAUACAGAAAAUUAGCUUAAAACAUAACCUAAUUUUAAUGUAAAUCUAUACAUUUGUGUAAAUCUUUUCAGGAUCUAGUGUAAAUAUAAGGGCUUCUUGUCUACAAAGUUUCUUGGUCAAAACAUGCUUUGUCUGUAAUUGAAUUAUUUCUUACCAAAUGACUUCAGCAAGCAAAAAAGCAGUAUGACAGCAUGAUAUCCUGGAGAGUGGUGUACUGCACUUUGCAAAGGGCUAGUUCUACAUUAAAUUAAAAGAAAACAUGUCAUCAUCACUUUCUUUUUUUGUCAUAUCUGCAAAGGUAACAGCUUCAGUAAACCAAGGUUUUGAAUUGGGCUGUCUAGGAUUUUGAAAUUCCACAAGUUUUGCAAAUUCUCAAUUUUGCUUUAUUUUUACACAGAAAAAUCCUGUUUGAUCCAUAAUAAUCUUUUCCUAUAAAUUCUUUUUCCUGUGUGCAGGCACUCUGUUUUGCAACUGCCCAAAUGUGUAUAGUGAAGUGAAUAAAAAUGAGCAUCCUCAGUAUUAGGAACUACAAAUGUAAAUAGCAUUUACAUGGUAUCAGAAUUUUCAGUAUCAGUGUUGAACUGUAGUAAUUAAUUCUUAAAGUGAUGCCAACAAAUCUUUCAGGGAAGGGGAAGCACGUAGUGAAUUAAAAAUACAUUUUAAUUACAAUUACAACUGCACAGACACAGAACUGCUGGUGUUACAGGAGCAAAUGUAGGCUCAGGUUCAUCAGAGCACUCGAGUAUGUGUUUACCUCCACCUGUGGAGUUUGCUGAUGAGACUCCUUGUGCUCCUAAAGUUUGGCACACAUUUUUGAGCUCUUCUGAAAUCAGGCCUUGGCAAGAGCAGAUAUUCCUAUAGCUUUGUCUGAAAUAUGCACUUUGUGGGACAAUCUACCUUUUCCUGGAUUUAUGCAAUUUGUCUUGUGUUUAGAAGACCAGACAAAUUUACAGAAGUUUUUUAUUAGGGUUUUUUGCAUUGCAGAAGGGAAGGUGAGAAAGAGACAAAUUCAGCUGUACAUUUCACCAUGUGAAAGCACUGGUUAAGUUUGUAAAAGGUGUGUAUUUGACAUCAAGCUCAAAAAAAUCCACUUGCGCUCACUGAAUAAAAAAAUACAUGAUAAGCAGGUCACAUUAAAUCAAUUUCUCGUGUUCCAUCUGUAUUUCCUGUACACUCAACACUCCUCCAGGCAACUGGAGGCAUAGGAGCUCUGAGUAUGCAAGGAAAUAAGUGAGUUUACCUAAAAACUUUAGGAAUACUAUGUUUUUAAGCCACACAUGAUGCUGCCUAUGUGUAAUUUUUAGUGUUAGAAGAAAAUAGACAGUAGCCUUAUUAACCAGGUGCAAUACUUACAAAGGGCUAAAUUAGGGAAACAAGUGAUGUGUGUUUGUAUAUCACUGAAAGCAUGCACUCUGAAAAUGAACUUUUAUAGCACUGGGAUCUUAAUACCUCUGAAAUUGUAAUGUUGGUGUAAUUUUAUAACUGCUUGUUAUACAUUAUGAAACAGGAUUUGGGAAUUCCUAAGAACUAAAAGCAGGAGGGAGAAAUUGUAAAUCACAUAGACUAGUGAUAUGUUAUUUUCCAUGACAACACUAAACUAAAACACCUUUACAAAGCCAUACAAAUUCUGGAUUAUUGAAAGAAAAAAAUCUACUUCCCUUGGUUACAGAGAUAGUUUAGUCUGAAAUUUCCCUUAAUUUGUGUCUUGCAUUUUCUCAAAGUUUUGGGGUUUUUUGUAUCCUGAUGGUGAAAACAUCCCUAAAUUUACCAGUAUUUGGCUUGAAUGGUAUCAUUUUGAAAAAAACUUUUAAAAUUGAGUUCUUCCUGAUACUGUACAGUCUGAAUGAGAUCAUGCAACAUGAUCUGCUCCAGCUUAAGUAGAGAGUUCAUACAAGCAGAAGAUUACAGGAAAAGAUUGCAUUGAGCAUUCAUUGUUCAGUUGUGAGAAAGAUCUGAACAAUCAAACUAAAAGCUCCACUCACAAAUUUCUUCUCUCCAUCUGCACUGCAGGUUGAUGGAAUACAGGCUGUCAUGUACAGUGUACCUGGCUAUCCUCCCCUGUUUGGGGAUUUUUUUGCUGAUAAAUAAUGAAAUACAGAUCAUCUUCCCAUCUCUCUUACUGUUUUUGUCUUGUGCUAUGAGUCCAGAAUUAACUGAAAGGCAGAAAUAAUCAGGUCUAUUGAACAGAAACUGUUUGGUUCUUUCCCUGUUUGACAGACUUGUAACAAAAGGCCAAAGUACAAAUGCAGAGACAUUAGUCAAAGGGGCUUGAGCCAGUCAGACAAAACUGGAAAAAAAUUGCUCAGAAUUGGAUCCAGUAGGAGGAAACUAGUCUUAAGCAGUCAAUUACAGAAGUUCUGUGGUUGAUUUUUGGUGGUUUGGGGUCUUUUUUGUGAAUUACAAGUCUGGUAAAAAGUCUUACUGCACAAUUAAGAGCAGAAUGCAGAUCACAUUGUAACAAGCUGAGCCCUCACAGCAGCGCAGGUUUUCUCAGGAGAGUUCAGUAAUUCCCAUUAAUAACUUCAUUGGUCAGGGCUGUUCACACAGGUAAUGCUUGUAGAACAAAGGCACGAGGGUUUUCCUCUGGGUACUUUCCACUGGGAUUGGGAGUGUGGAAUUGUGAAUCUCCCUUUCUGAGGGCUUGAUUGUGCAUUCAGCUUUGUGAGAGGGAUGGAUACAGUGGAUGCCUCUGCGCAUGAGCAGGGCUCUUGGAAGAGUUUCUAGUAAUACCAAAGUGGCAGCCCUCUGGAUGUGUUACCUGGUGACCGAUUGAGCUGUUAGGCUGGUGGUAUUCAGCCUGUAAUUCAUCCUAGUGACACCAGCCCCACGGAGAAAGGGGGUUCUCAGUAUGGGAUCCAGGAUAGCCAGCCCCUUGGGAAAGGAGUCACCACCACCACAGUCCCUGUGCUGUUGGCUCCAGUGCUGCCUUUGCUGUGUCCAGCUUGGGGGAGGUUGGUUAUCCACGUGCAUUCAUGACGUGUUCAUAGUACAGAACACUCUUUUGAAGAGAAAGAAUCUCUUUUUCAGCUAUUAAAAUAAAACUGUGGGAUGGCUUUUAAGUUACAGAGAGUUGCUGAAUGAGUCCCAGCAUUGUCAGACUUUGAAUCAGGCAUGGUUGUGUCCCUCCUUCCAGAGCCAUGCUGCUGCAGCUCCCGUGGGGGCUCUCACAGAGCCCUGGAACCUUAACCAAGUUUUUCACAAACAUUUGCCGGAAUCCAGCACUGAGCCCUAAACCAAGUUGGACCCCCAGUAAAGGAGGCUCUUUCCAGCUCUUUCCCAGCUCUUUCCCAACUCUUAUACUACCUAAGUUAGUAUUUCAUUAGUAGACCUUUGUAAAGGGGACAUUGCCCCAUCGCUUGCCUUUGGCAUUUCUAACACAGCACCAUCCACUGCUGCAUUUGCAAAGAGCCAGACAUCAUCUUGGUCAGUCAUGGAGUUUGGGGAUAUUAUUUUAGAUUUAGACCUCUGCAUCCUGCAUCAGGCUGUAGUUCCACAGCAGGUUAAGGUCACAUAAGCUUGUGCUGCUGUUGAAAAAGCUCUUCCUACCUUCAGCAGAGACAUUCCUAGAGAGAAGUUUCCUGAGUUAUGCUGGCUUGAGCCAGUCCUGUAAGUGUAGGUCUGUAUAAAAUGCUAGAUAGCUUAUGGCCUGCUGGGUCUGUGCCCUGCUCUGUUAUGGGGCAGGCAUGGUUAUGCUGCCUUUAUCCCACUCUGUCUUGUCUGGAGUCUCAUUAAGGACCUGAACUUGCACAUACCCCUACAGCAUUAAACUCAGGAGAGCUCCACCUAUGGCUGGUGGCAUUGAUUUUGGUAUGAAAUUAAAUAUAUGGGGGAAAAGAAAGAAAUUAGAUCAAUAACUUUAUAUCCAUUGCAUCUUAAGACUGCAUCUUAACUGCACCAUGAUUUUGCUAAGCAGAUAUUGGAGGAGUUAAGGGAUGUGAAAAACAACAUUACUGGAUCCUGUUCCUCCCUGGAACCAGUCUGGAAUUAUUCACAGUAAUCUCAGGCAAGGAACUGGGAAGUCAUGACCUCUGUAAAUCUCUGGGCUACAGAGAACCAGGGUAUACUUCUUACCCAGACAUGGUAACAACAAGGAAUGAUCCUCAGCUGCUUUACUAGUGCAGAGUUUCAGCCUCUUUUUAUUACAGCUUCAGUUUAAUAGUGAUGGGAAUGCUGGGCAAGAGGUAAAGGGGCAUCAGGUAACUGGAGAAAGGACCAUCACCAUCAGUGGCACUGAGGGGUUUUUUAACUCUCUGAAACAGCAAGCAUGUUUUCUUGUCACUUGCUAUUCAUGUUGUCUCAUGUAAGAAAAGUGUUUCCAUUAUAGAAGGGGUUAAUUUAGCACAGGGUAAGCAGCUGUAGUAAACUAAAAACCCAAUUGUCUAGUUUUUAUGAGUAAGGGAUUUCUAAAACAUUCUGCUUGCAGAAGACUGCAGUAUUUAUAUCCACACAUCCUUUUUUCUUGUUUGAGUUACAAAAGAGAAAUACCUGCCUGCAUAUAUUGUUCUUCCUUUGUUUCCUAUCAAAUCUUGUUUCAGAGAGUAUAAAGUAAGUUCCAGUUCUUUUGUAAAAACAUUUUUUCUGAAUUAUUGUUUUUAGAAGCUGAACAUUUCCUCUUUCACUUCAGUGUAAAAUUACAGAGCUUUAAUUUGCUCUGCAUUGCACUUUAUAUAUUUUUUUCACUUUUUGGGCCAUGUAUUUUUGAUACACAGAACAGUAAAGGUUUUAUUAAUCUAGUUUUAACUUGAAAUUAACCAUGAAACUAGAUGUUUUUAUAAAAAUGCAAAUUCCCUAAAAUACAGUAAAUAAUCUGUUUGGGUCAGAGACAUUUUUUAAAUAAUAUGUUGAGAAAUAUUAUAGCUUCUGAAAUUAUGUAUCAUUUGGUAAAUUCAAUACAAUUAUGGAUAUCAUGGCUUAAAGUGGAAUGUGAAUGAGAAGGACACAAAGUUCUAGAUGGUAGAUUUCCUUAUAUGCAAAACCUGCAUUAGUUUAAUUGAUAAGGGUUUAAAAAAAUAGCCUAAUCUAGUUUAAAGACAUGUGAAAUUGUUUAAUAGACAAGUUUAAAAUGCCAGGAGCCCAUAGAAAUUUGGAAAUGAGUUUAAGUGAAGCAGUCAGGAGCUGUUUCUCCCUGUGCUGUGCAGUGGGCAGGCUGUGAAGCUCCUGGGCUCUGCAGGCAGUGAACUCCUCCUGGUACAAGGCAGCAGCAGAAGCCAUAGGAGAGUUUGGAUUUUCCUCUUCAAACAGCCAAUCUCCCAACUUGCAGGGCCACUGCCAGGUUGGCAGUAGUAUUUCCAUUUGGUUUUUCCUGACUUCAUCCCCGCUAGUUUUGGGAACUAGUGUCCUAAAGACAAUCCUUUUGUUCCUAAGUGAGUUAAUGAACUCAUCUUCCUUCUGGUUUUGGUGUUAAGCUUGCAGCACUCACACUAUUGCACUUAGUUUGUCUUAAUUGGUAGAUGCCAUUUUCAGCAUUUUAAACAAAGAACAGCUACUCUGCCCCAGCACAGAUUCCUUUUAAAUCUUAUGGAGCAUGCUGAAAAAUAAAGACCUUUUUGACUUUUACUUUGUCCAAACUCUUUAUUCCAAAUCACACGAAGGAAAGUGGGGAAAACAAGGCACAUGGCAGUGAAGAGGGGAGAGAGAGACAGCAAUGCUCAUUUCCUUCCCAGGGUGAAUCAUUGCUGGGCUCCCCUCUCCCAGGCUGAGUGUGUGUGUGCAUGGACCAUGCACAGCUUGGAAGUUAUGUAAGAUCCAUCCUUGCAAAAGCUCUUAGUUGGCCACCUCCCAGAGACCCCAGCUCCUUUUCAGAGGCUUCCAGACAUUCUGCUCAUUUCUACAUCCAUAGAUAAAGUAAAAGCUACCUGCUGCUCCAAUAGCCUGGGUGUAGUUUCCCCUUGGACUGCAAAUAUAUCACCUUGCCAUUUUUAAUCAAGCUGCAGUUCUUCCUGCAAAAGAUGGGCAUGAUCCAGGUAUUUGUGUGUGCCGCAAAGCUGUUGUGUCCUUCCAGGGACUGAGGUAAGCACACUGCCAGUGGUGUGCAAGCCUUUUGCUUAACAUCAGUGGUACCUGUGCCGAAGAGAAGUGUGGGCUGAUGCCACCUGUCCAUCCCACCCCAGAAAUGAGGGCUGCACAGCAUGGCUCAGCUCUUGGAACUAUGUGGCAAAGCAAGCUUAAAACCUUUAUAGUGAGCACAGGGUGUCUGAAAACUCAGUCCGUGUUUGGCUGAGGAACAGGAGCAGUGACAGGCCCUGUCCAAGGUGGUUCUGUCAGGCAGCACAAAUAACAGCUCUGUGGCCCAGUUGGGUGCUGUAUUUCCAUGUAUGUUUGAAGGAAGGCUUAGAAGAGAAGACUUGCAGGUGCUAUUCCUUCACAGUCUGGUUGGAUUCUGUGCUCUGGGGGCAGCCUAUGGGCUGGCACAGCACAUUUAGAUAAGGGGCUUCCACUAACAGUGACUUAGACACUGCAAAAAACUGUUUCUUGUAAGAAGCAGGUGCUUUUCUCAUUCUUACAACAUCAAAAACACACAACAAAAUGCCACCAUACAGACCUUUGUCAAAUUCUCACAGUCUCCUGUAGCACCAGCAGCUGGGGAGAACUCAGGAAUUCUGAGGACCUUGGCCAUAACUCAUCAAAAAGCCUCUGCAGUCCAUUGCCAUUGAAAAUGAUUUAGUGCUGGAUCAAAACCACCCAGACUUGGGCCCUGCAAAAUUCCUCUGAGAAUUUUGCUGUUAUUUCAUAAGAAAGAAAGUGUUAAAAUCUUUGUAUCAGCAAAUUAGUCAAUUCUGCCUACUGAACUUAAGAGUACUUCCAGUGGACUUCAGAUAUCUUGGGAAUCAUUCUCGGUACAAGUCAGGACACUCCAAACAUUUCAGUUGUUUUUCUUGAAUUAGAAACAUUUGCAAAAUUACCAAUAUGUAUAUUAAUAACUAAAAGUUGAAAAAAUGAUUGGGUUAAGGUAGUGAGAAGUAUUUGCUUGCACCUGAAACUUUAAAGAAUGACUACUGAAUUCAUGAUGUGCUAAGCACGAGCUCCUGAGUUUCAUCAACACAGUAAACCACCUUUGUACAGAGUAAUUUUAUAAAAAUUGAGAAAGUUUGUUUUUUUCUCAAGUUACUCAAGUAGUUCAAAUAAUGAAUAAUUUGUUUCUGAUCAAUGCAUUUUAGAAUGAGCAAAUCUUAUCCUCUUGCACUUCUAAUAUUCAUUGUUUAUAUGGAAAAAAACCCUGUACUACUUUUCCAUUUCCCAGUGAAUGAUCAGUUCACUAAGCAACAGGCAGUGUUUCUUGACUUUAGAUAGCAAAAUAUGCUUAGAUAAUUUUACUCUCCUCCACGUGAAUCUGGUUAUAUGGGAUCCUUAUUUUUUCUAGCCUUCAAAAAUGCUUGUGUGCAAUUUCCAUAGAUACGGUUGAAUAAAAAUUGCAAGGAAGAAUCUAAAGUCAAAUGCUAAGUAAAAAUCAAGUACAUGAAACAAACAUGAAGAUAAAGUCUCAUGAGAAAAGUCAAUCCAUUGCUGAAUUAAAUAUUUAUAGAACACAUUGAUUAGCAGAGGUACUGAUCUUUAUUAAAAUUACAUUUAGAAGCAGACUACUGUGUUUUAGUGCCACAAGUGACAAAGGAGUUUUUCUUCAGAAAAUGUGCAAACGGAAAAAAAACAUUAAAAUAGAUCAUUUAGACCAAGAUUUUCUCAAUUUAAGCCCAUCCUACCUGUUACAUUACUGUUGUAUGUUCAGGAAUGCUCAGGACAACAGACAUUCCUCACAGGAAGCAGCUAGGUUCCAAAGUGUCAACUAAAUGAAAAGAAAGUGAGCAAACUCAUAGGAUUUUCUUAGUACUAGCUCAGCUAUUGCAAAAAAAAGGACCAAAAACAAAACAGCAAAAAAUACUACUCACUACUGAACUAGAAUUUCAGCAGCUUAAAAGAGCCAUGUUUUGAUCUAGUUCACACACCAUAGCUAAACCUAGGUUUCUGUUGGUUUGCUUGUUUGUCUUUUGGGGUUUUUACUUCUUAACAACCUUCAAAGCAGGGUCUGUCAUUGCUGAGAUGACCACAGUUGAAUAGGAAUCUCUUGAAAUGCUAAAAUGUGUGAUUAGAGAAACAACAGGCUUCAAAUGAAAAACUACUUUAAAAUUAUCUCAAAAAAGCAAAAAGAAAAGUUAAUUCUCUAUUUGGGAAAUGCCAUUCAGCUACCGUUAACUCCCAGGUUGUGUGUCUAACUGACAUCCUGUAGCUUCGUCAGCUCACAUUUUUGUUAAAAGCAGAUGGUGAUUAAACUACAGAGCAAAGGACCUUCCUCUGGUCUUUGUAAAUGAAUGUAUACAUACAAACUAUGCAUUUUCACACAGCUGCUUACUGUAUCUUGAAUCACUUCAACCUUUCCCCUAGCUUAGAAACCCCCAAACUUAAGGAGCAGGAGGUGUUCCCACCUCCUUUGGCAGAUGCUUGUCUCCUGUCUUGUUUCUGCUCUCCAAAAUCCUUAGCUGCAGGACAGAGCAAUGCUGAGCUGCAGAGCCUAAGGAGCAGAGGGGCUGGGGGCCCGUGGCCAAGUCAAGGCCCAGUUUGGGCUGUCAGGCCCAGUGUGGCCAAGCAGAGUGUGUUGUCUGUGCUCCCCCUGCCAGGCGCUGGAGCGGCCGAGCGGGGCCAGCAGCCGCUCUCAACUGGGCUCAGGAGGAGUUUGCAGCCACACUCAGAGAGCUGUGCCAAGGAGAGGCCACUGCCCCUGGGCUUGCAGGUGUCAUCCUGCCCUUGGGACAGCCUUUCCAGCCAUCCCUGCAGCCCAGGCUCCUUCUGACCAUCCCUUUCCCACCGUGCGAGGCAGGGAUGGCUCCGCAGGGGUUGUGGUCUCACUGCUGGCACCUCCCCAGAUGAUGCAGUGCCCAAAGUGCUCAGCCCCUCAUCCUCAUCAUUGGGGGACUUCAGGGCUGGGGUGUGCAAGGGACAAAGGAUCAGACCUCGGGUUUAGGUACCUUCUGUUGGAAGGGAGCAGGAAAGAUGGAAAAUGGAUGUCUUGUUCUUGUAGCUGAUGUAAUUAAAUGUGGGAAAAAGAUACUGCAUGCAACAUUUCUUACUUCAGUUUUGGGUUGUCGCUGUAAUAUACAUCAGCCCAGUCUACUCAAUGAAGUGUGUUUCUUAUGCUUUAUCCUACAGGAAGACAGACCAAAAAAGUAGAAGUAAUAAGAAUAUCCUUGCUUUAGACUAAAGCAAGCAUGGACUCAACAACAAAGAAAGAUUUUGUUUAUAUGCAAACUGUUUAAAUAUUUGAUAUCAGUAUGAAGGUAGUCAUAUUCUUAUGUAUCCAGAGAUUUGCACUCAUCUAGGUUAUGUUGAUUAAAAAUAUUUUUGCGAUAUGUAUUUGCAUUUGAGGGGCCAAGUCUUUAAUUUUAUAUUCUUUACAAGAAUUCAUGUGGCAAUUACAUUUUUCCAUUUCUUGAGCUACCUGCCCACCCAUGCUAGUUGUUCAUUUGCAUAAAGAAUAUUUCCACUACUUCAGAGGUUUUUGGGUGGUUGUUUUCAAAGGGAACCUGCCCCAGAGAGUUCCACAGGACUGUCCACCGUGAGUGGGAGGCUCUCUGGAGCAGCAGGUCACCCUUCCCAGGACGUGGCCUGUCACUGCAACAGACACACAUGGAUUCAUUUCCCUGCAAUCUGCAACUGCCCUGUGGGCCUGGGGUAGCUCCAGCUGCAGUCCCUCAAAUCAAAGCUCUGACUGACCCUGUCAGUCCUUUGCUGUCACUUACUAUCACAAAGUUAACUUUUUACAACGAGGAAGAGCUUCCAACUCUGGCACUGAUGGAAAUACUGAAUGCUUUUAAUAUAUAUAUAUAUAUUUGGAAAGUAUUUGAACAGUGUUUUGUCUUUUUUUAUACAACUUUUAGCCAAAUAGAAAAAUUCUGAUUAUUACUUCUGUGGAUACCUGUCCACCUGUAAAUAAACUCAUAUAUUCAGGUACAUGAACCUGAAGAAAAAAAUAAUAAAGACUGUUCAGGGGCUAUGCGCUUUGCUAGCUCCUGGUUCCUUUGUACAUAAGAGGUAACUGUUUAAAUGUUGGGUGGGAUUUUUUUUUAAUUUACCUGUUGUUCCUCUAAAGAAAGAAGAAGAAAAAAACUUUUGACUUAGUUUUCUCUUUUCUGAGUUAAUACAAAGAUUUUCUAACUUUUUACUGCAGAAAUGGAUAAAUACCUGGUGCUAAGUGAAUGUGAGUCAAACUGGCCAUAGCAGACACACCAGUUAGAAUGCACUUUUCCUGUGGCACACAAUGUAUUUUCUCAGAAGGGACCUUCAAAGGACUGUCAGAUGUUUACAUUUCUUCUUGUUGCCCCAAAUAGUUUUGAAUAUUCAAAUAACUUCCAAAAAUAAAGUCAUGGUCCAUUACUGAUGUGACAAAUCCUUACAUUUAAGUAUCUACAACAGCUUUGUACAAAUACCAUUUUAGAUAGUUGAAAUAUUGGGCUUUCAUACUUUGUAAUGCUUUGAUGUGACAAUAAAUAUGCUGUUGCUAUCUAGUCUAACCUCAUUGUAGACCUGUAACUCCCUGUUUCUGGUUAUGUCAUGAAUUGCACUGGCUUGAAUUCAGCCAAAUACUGACUGUUCAGCUGAAAUAUUCCGACUGUUAUGAUGUCCACAAAACAUUAAUUAAAUGCACUUGUAUCUGA